GCCGCCGGGGCCGCCGCGUCCUUCCCCGCCCCCUAGCCGAGCCGAGCCGCGGCAGGAAGUGCACCCCCCCGCCGGGCCAGCAGCAGCCGCCACGGCCACGGUCACCACCACGGGUGCGGCGGGAGCCGCCUCGGGGGCGCGGAGAUCCCCGAUCUGCUUUCCCUUCUGGUCACCCAUGAAGCCCGGCGCCCCCUGACGAGCCCGUGCGGCCGCUGCCCAGUCCUCGGGGCGGCCCAGGCCCCGGUGUCUGCCCGCCGGUCUCGCUGCCGCCCGAGACGCGCCGGAGCAAGUUCCCCACGCGCCCUUUUUUAAACUUGGGAGGAUCCCGAGUGGAGGCAUGUGAAGCCCCCCGGGGGCCCGGAGAGAGGACCCAGCCGCGGGAAGAGGACUCGGAGGAGCCGCCGCUCGGCCUCUUUCCCCGCCGUGAGGACCCCAGGACCACGACCCCCAGGAAUGCGGGGGACACCGCUCACUGCUCCCCGGGGUGCCCAGAAAAUCCGGAGCAGCCUGGAACCGUGAUUCUGGUGGGGGGCGGGAAGGGCCGCGGGGUCACCGGCUGCUGAAUGUAACCGGAGGAGGGGCCGAAGGAGGUACUUGUUGAAUAAGCACAAUAAUCCCUCGAGUCCGCAGAGGCGCCGAGUUUUCUGUUUUUGCCAAUAUUUUGGAGACUGUUCGAUGUGUCGUACGUUCGACGUAAGAUGACGGCUUUUUAAAACCCUUUAUAAAAGUGAACAAUGACCACCCCGGCUCUGUUGCCCUUAUCCGGACGCAGGAUACCACCCUUAAACCUGGGGCCGCCCUCCUUUUCCCAUCACAGGGCUACGUUAAGACUAUCCGAGAAGUUCAUCCUUCUCCUCAUUCUGAGUGCCUUCAUCACCCUAUGUUUUGGGGCAUUUUUCUUCCUUCCCGACUCUUCGAAACACAAACGCUUUGACCUGGGUUUGGAGGAUGUCUUGAUUCCGCAUGUAGAUACCUUCAAAGGAGAGAAAGACCUCGGGGGCUUCCUGAUCCACGGACAGGGACAAGAUGAACACAGACACAGGGAAGAAGAGGAACGUCUGAGAAAUAAAAUUCGUGCUGAUCAUGAGCGAGCUCUAGAAGAGGCAAAAGAAAAACUAAAGAAGUCUAGAGAGACAAUACAAGCAGAGAUUGAAACAGAAAAAAAUAAGGUUGCCCAGGAGAUAAAGAAGAAAGAAACCAAGCCACUGCCACCAGUCCCUUUACCAAACCUCAUAGGAAUAAAUGGCGGAGAACCAGAAGAUGAAGACACCAGAGAAAAGAGGGAAAAAAUCAAGGAGAUGAUGAAACAUGCCUGGAGCAAUUAUAGGAAAUAUGGCUGGGGACACAAUGAACUCAAACCCAUUGCUAUGAAAGGACAUUCCACUAAUAUAUUUGGAAGUUCAAAAAUGGGUGCUACUAUAGUAGAUGCUUUGGAUACUCUUUAUAUCAUGGGACUCCAUGAUGAAUUCAAAGAAGGACAAGAGUGGAUUGACCACAAUCUUGAUUUCAGUGUGAAUUCAGAAGUGUCUGUAUUUGAGGUCAAUAUUCGUUUCAUUGGAGGACUUCUUGCAGCAUAUUACCUUUCAGGACAGGAGGUAUUCAAGAACAAAGCAGUGCAGUUGGCAGGGAAACUCCUUCCUGCCUUUAACACACCUACUGGGAUUCCCUGGGCAAUGGUGAAUCUGAAAAGUGGAAUUGGACGAAACUGGGGUUGGGCAUCUGCAGGUAGCAGCAUUUUGGCUGAAUUUGGUACCCUACAUAUGGAAUUUGUUCACCUCAGCUAUUUGACAGGGGACCCAGUCUUCUACCAAAAGGUUAUGCACAUUCGGAAACAGCUUCAGAAAAUGGAUCGGCCUGAUGGACUUUAUCCAAACUAUUUGAACCCCAAAACAGGCCGAUGGGGUCAGCAUCACACAUCUGUUGGUGGGCUGGGAGACAGUUUUUAUGAAUACUUACUGAAAGCAUGGUUGAUGUCUGAUAAAACAGACAUUGAGGCAAGGAAGAUGUAUGAUGAUGCAAUUGAGGCCAUAGAAAAGCAUCUUAUUAGAACAUCCAAUGGGGGUCUGACGUUUAUUGGAGAAUGGAAGAAUGGGCACUUGGAAAGGAAGAUGGGCCAUUUGACCUGCUUUGCUGGAGGAAUGUUUGCUUUGGGAGCAGAUGGUUCCAGAAAGGAUAAAGCUGGGCAUUAUUUACAACUUGGAGCAGAAAUUGCACAUACGUGUCAUGAGUCAUAUGACAGAACAGCGUUAAAGCUGGGUCCUGAAGCAUUCAAAUUUGAUGGUGGUGCAGAGGCCGUAGCUGUGCGGCAGAAUGAAAAGUAUUACAUUCUCCGCCCAGAAGUCAUUGAAACUUACUGGUACAUGUGGAGAUUCACUCAUGACCCCAAAUACAGGCAGUGGGGCUGGGAGGCAACUGAGGCUAUUGAAAAGUAUUGUCGAGUGAGAGGUGGAUUUUCUGGGAUCAAGGAUGUGUAUUCUUCUGCUCCUGUAUACGAUGAUGUACAGCAGAGCUUCUUCCUUGCGGAAACACUAAAGUAUUUGUAUCUGCUCUUCUCCAAUGAUGACCUUUUACCUUUAGACCACUGGGUGUUUAAUACAGAAGCCCAUCCUCUGCCUGUGUUACAUUUACCCAACACCACACUUUCAGGAAAUCUUGAUUUACGGUAAAAGCAGCUCAAGAGGAGAGACUUUACUCACCUGUGUUUUGUUUACAUGAACCAAUGCAGAAAUUAGGCUGGAGAGGGGGACUCUUGGAAACCUGGGCCUCCAAGUCAGGAUGUCAGGGUGAGAAGUGACUACUCCAUUUGAAGCUCUUCAACCUAUAGAUAAAUUAACUUUGAAAUUAUUCCAUUUUAUACCUGACCAAAAUAUGCUCCACUAUUUGCAGAACAGAGACCUCAUGUGCUUUAAAUCCUCAUGAGAAGGUCAUAUGGGGGGAAAUGCCUAUUGGUACUGUAUUCAUUAAGAAUCCUGGAAUAAGGAGAAUGGCCUCCUGAGAAUGAACAGAAACAUGGAGCUCUGUGCUGCAGAGUUACUUGAUGGCCUUUGCAGCGAAUUAUAGAUUUGCUUUCUUCUGACAUGAAAUGGAUCCUAAAUGCUUUAUUUUUCCUCCCUCCCUCGUCUCCCCCCCUACACCCUAUUUUGAUAUUGGAAGGAACCAUGAAACAAGAAUAGCGAACUGCACCAGCAGCCGCCGCCACAGGAUUUUAAACUGAAAGAAAUACAGUGUCUAUGUCUUUCCGAAUUAUCAAGUCCCCAUUAAGUGACCAGUCUGGCAGCCAUUUCAAGAACCCCAUCUGUUUCAUGAACACCCCUUGAUUGAGUCAGUUUUUUUCUGGGACAUGAGUUCACCAAGGAAGUACUUUUCCCGUCUUUGUCUUCAUGUGGAAUCAUCAAAUCUGCAGUAUUUUCCAUGUUCACUACUUUUGAGAACCUAGGUUUGGAAAUUUGUGCAUGUAGCUCAGUCGAGUAUUGGUAGCAUGACAAAAAAAAGCUCCAUAUUUCCUUGAAACCUGUUCUAAGAGAAAGCUUGUCGUUUUUUGGGGGAAGAUUUUCCUCAAGCAGAAAAUUCAUCAGGUAAAUCUCUUCAGCCUUCAUUAUAAACUCAGUACAGUCAGUCCUUCACCUUUGACCAUUGUGAAUUGUUUUGUUCAAAAUGUUCUUCUUCUGUGGCUCUGAGUUCUCUUCAUUGCCUUGAUGAGCUAAAUUAUUAUUACAACUCAGCCACCUUAUGAAAGAAUAAGACACCAACUUAUUUGAUAUUCACCCCCACCUCUUAGCCCCUCCCUAUUAGCUGAAUGGACUGUCCCACUACAAAUCAGUUCAGCCUUCUCUGGAGACAUUUAUGGGAUGCCAAAAAAUUGUCAAAAUAGUCUUCAACAAUAAAGAUGUGGUGCAGAGAAAGCAUA